AAGAAUUCAUUCGAAGAAAUAACAUUGAACGGGACGGACGCUAAAAUGCUUAACUGAAGAUAGUUGUGGGUGUUUUUUUAUACAGUGAUUUUGUACGCGCCCGCGCCGCUUCAGCCCAAAACGCAAAGAGGACGAACGAGGAAGUCACGCAUAAAAUCAAAAAAUAAAAAAUAUUGAAAAGCAAAUAAAAUAGAAACGUGCAAUUUUUGAAGUUUAAAGUCAGUUAAACGAUACCGUUAAACAAUAGUAGCAACAACAAAUCAAAACUAAUCAUGUUCUCGUGCAAAUGCAUGAAUUUACAAGCCGGGUACUCUGAUAACGACGAUAAUAACAACAGCAAUGGGAUUGACAUGGUUGUGAUGCAUAUUAAAUUUAAGAAGGAUUAUCAGAAUUUUACCUACGAUGAUAGUUUUACAAAUUUCUUCAAUCGUGCUCAUGGUCCCAUUCCAGAUCUGAACAUCAAUGUCGUCCGCCACAGCGCAUUGGUCUAUACGCUGACCCUAGAGGAGCAGGAUGACAUGUACUGGCGCUUCUACUUAUGCAUCAACUGUCAGCAGGUGCUGUUCGCCCGAUACUUCGAUGGGGAAACGCCGCGGAAUGCCUUUUACGUCAACAAGGACCUGCGGUGCAGCGAGCAGGAGCUAAAGUAUAGACGCAACGAUAAAUCGUAUUCGGAAACGUUUCAAAUCCUAAUCAUGGAUAACGACGAUGCGGCACACGAUGCGGCUAUAGCUGAUGCAGCUCCGCCAGCGUCGACGUCGGGCGUGGUCAACUCAUCAUCCAGCCUGAGCAUUGGUUCGCUCUCCGCUCCGAUGGAUAGCAGGCUGCAGCGUCUAAGACAGCUGGAUGUCUGCCACAAAGCAAGCGUCCAGGCCGAGAUCAUAGCCACCAAUGAGCGCGUCGAACGCUAUACGCAUCACCAGUUUGCGCUGCUCAAGAGCUAUCAGGAGAAAAACAACCAGGAUUUGGCGCUCUUGGAGCGUCGCAUCAAGCAAGUACCUGAAAAGACAUGUCAGCUGCUCGACGAAGGCCAGCUCGUUGCCCUGGAGGUAACGGGUCUUGGCGUAGUCGGAGGCGGGGCUGGAGCUGCAGUUGCUGCCCAAUCGACGUGUGUUGCUCGACGUCGAAAUACCAUAAGUAGCCGACGGGAAUUGGGUAUGCCGAUCACGCCCACUUCACCUAUGACGCAGCCGCCCAACUUUUUGGGGCUCGCGCAGGAGCAGCAGCAGCAGCAGCAACAACAGUCGCAGCCUCCGCUGCCCAGCACCACAAUAUUGAGUGCGCGCAAAAUGUCGAACUUUGAUACACCGCCUGCCACACCAGAAGCCACGCCCAUGAGCGUGGGCAACAGCCCCACCUUUAGGCAGCAGCAGCAACAGCAGCAGACGCAGCAGCAACAGGCCUCAGCUCUGGCCAACAACAGGUCGCUGCUGACGACACCAGCUGCCGCUGCUGAUGAUGCCGACGAUUGUCUCUUUGAUCUGGAGGAUGUCGAUGGACCACAAGGCCACACAUCCCACAACUAUGAGCAGCAGCAGCAGCAGCAUUAUCAGCGACUGCAGCAACAACAGCAUCAGCACCAUCAGCAACAGCAACAGUUGCUACAUCAGCACGAGGACAACAUGAGCGAUGCUGAUGAGGCCGAGGAUGCCCUCGGCUUGGAUAGCUCAUUGCCCAUAGCGAUGCGUGGAGCUGGAACUCGAGGCUCUUCCUCGGCGCAGAUGAAUUUUGCGAAUUUCGCACGGAGUCUGCCCGUUGAGAUAGCCAAUUCUCCGCUGGCGGAGCGUGCCAAUAAUAAUAACAAUCAACAGCAUGUGCUGCUCGAGGACGAGGAGGUGCUGGACAAUACGGUGGACAUAGCAGCUAGCAUCAAGGCCUUGGCCAGGAGUGUUCAUGGCGAGGCAGUCUUUGGUGAUUUGCCGCGUCCACGCUUGCGUUCACAGAUCUAAGCAAGGGAUAUGAAAUCAGCAACAACAACAACAACGUGCACCAUAAUUUGUUAAUAUAAAAGUGAGGAGCAGUCCUCAGUUGUUUAUGCUAAACUAAAUUAGUUUGCUCAAGUUAAAGUUUGGACUCUUGAAGCGCCUUCAUUAAACACACACAACACACACCCACACCCACACACACACACGCAUACUAUGUAUAUGUAUAUAUACAUAUACAACUGCAUAUGCAUAUGCACCCUAAAAUUUUAAUUAAGAUACAAGAAACGAAAUGUUUUGAAGCAAAUUCAUGUAAUUUUUCUCAAAUUCUUUUUGGAAAUACUUUCUGCUUCCUUUAUAUAUUUUUUGAUAAGUGGAAAUGUGAAAAUUGUGUAUUUUCUUUUGCAACGUACGAAAAGUGUUGGCCGCCGUCACAUUUGGAAUUAAUUAACUGAUGAUGUUGUUAGUUUAUACAAUGAAUUCAUUAUAUAUCUCUAUGCAUACGAAACAAAAUACAAAAAUACAAAAAGUGCACAUGAACCAAAACGUGGUUAACUGUAAA